UACAUCAGUUUGUUCUGAAUUACUGUGAGCUGAACAGAUCUCUCUCUCUCUCUCUCUCUCUUCUGCACACUGAUGUCUAUAUAAUCCCGAGCUCCUUUUUUUCUCCUUUCACCCCAUUUAAAGCAGAUCACAUCGCCUUGCCUUUGGGUUGUUCUUGUUGUUGUUCUUCUUGUUGUAUUUCUUUCCCCGUCUUGGAACAAAAAAAAAUGAGUGGGACCUUUGAGAAAAAGCUGCCCAGCCUCCUGACUGAUAUCCAAGGUGCUCUAGGUUGCCACCCAGCCAAGGAUUCGCCAACUCUGCCGGAGUCCACAGCCACAGACGCCAACUAUUACAAUCCCCAGUUCUGCCAUCCUCAACAUGAUUACUACCAGACUCCAGCCUAUUCCCAGCCAAUCAGCCACUACCCUUACCACCACCACCAGUUCAACCUCAACAGUCUUUCGGGACCCAACUCUUACUCGCAAAAACCCGACUACUCUUACACCACUAAUUCCUACCGUCAGUAUGGACAUUUCAACAGAGAACAUCUAAACGCACCGAUGGACAGAGUUUCAGUCAAAGAGGAGCCGGAACCCGAAAUCCGAAUGGUGAACGGCAAACCGAAAAAGAUCCGCAAACCCAGGACUAUUUACUCCAGCUUUCAACUGGCAGCCCUUCAGAAACGUUUCCAAAAGGCGCAAUAUCUGGCCUUACCGGAGAGAGCAGAGCUGGCUGCCUCCUUAGGACUGACACAAACACAGGUGAAAAUCUGGUUUCAGAACAGAAGAUCCAAGUUCAAGAAGCUGUACAAGAACGGGGAACUCACAAUGGAACACAGCCCCGAUAACAGCGACUCCAUGGCUUGCAAUUCCCCGGCUUCUCCCACCGUUUGGGAGAACCACAAUACAGUCAGGAACACCCUCCAACAGCCAUCACAUAACUCCUCUCCAACUUACCUUGAAGACUACAGUCACUGGUAUCCACCAACUCCCUCAGGCUCGCAUCUACAAAGCACAAACUCGCUUCACCAGCCGCCUCCCCAGAGCGCUGGCUCAGUCUAUUAACUGUAUUAACUUUGGGUGGGGGAAUUUUGUAAACACACAACAAACUUUUGUGGGUGGGGUGGGGAACAAAAACACAACUUUCGCCCCCCUCACCUUUACCAAGAACCCUCAACUCUCGGGGACCAUUGAGACUAACUUCGAGAAUUAAGUGUGAAACUGUCGCACACAACACUAUGUUGUAUAUAAUAUCCGAAGGACAAGUACAAGGCGGACGUUAAUCAGGGCAUUUUAUUCUCUCUCUCUCUAUUUAUCUCUUUCUUUCUCCUAAAAAGUGUAAUAGUUGUGAACUUCAAACACUGUCUCUUCACCGUUAUUGCUGUUAUUUCCCAAUUCAACUCAGACCCAAAUCUGAACCGCUUUUGUCCGCUGUCUCUUAUAUUUUCAUUAUUUAAGUCUCNUUUUUUGGAUCGACGAACUGGUUUAAAUUAUUGCUUGUAUGUAAAAUGUUUUUUUGUAAUAAAAAUAAUAAUAAUAACGAGGGGAAAAAACAAUAAGACGUUGUUUCGUUUCCAUGUAACUGACACUCAUUGAAAACCCUUCUCAAACGGUAAGGAAAUAAUUAAUCAUUUAGCUGGUAGUUUGCAACUACACUAUAGAAGCUUAAUUUACAGUGAAUUGGAAGCUCACAAGUUAAUACAACUGUAUUUAUAUCCCAUCCCAGACAGUACGAAACGAUUAAAAGAUGUACAUAAGAUUUCAUGCAUAAAACUGUAAAAUAACAAUUAAGAGGAAACAAACCCCCUUGAGCAGUUGUGAAGUUAUAUUUCGCCCAUCUUCCUCACCGAAAUGUAAAGUUACUCGCAUUUUACCACCUGCACCUGACUGCCUUGUAGCUGUUGUUUGUUUUGUAUUUAAUCUUUUUAAAAAAAUAAAUGCCCCUCUUUUAUGAUGUUCUUUCUUAAUGCGAAAAUGUUAAUAAAAAAACAAAU